GGAAUCAAUUACUAUGGACCUCGUUGUUGAAACAAUGGCGUAACCAGCAGUGCAUCAUGAUCUCCCGAGUCCCCAUCGCCUUGCAGCCCGCCUGGCACAGGGGCAACUCAAUUCGUACAAAGGUCAGGAUGCUGUUCAGGUUGACAAACUUCCAGACGCCUUCCAAUCAAGAUAUAAAGGCAUUGCGUCGCGUCCUAGUGUAGUGUAUUGCUCCCAUCACUGCAGCCAUCACGUCCUGCGAGCUUUAUAUCAACCUAUACUACCCACCAAGCAGCUCUCUCUCUAUCUGCUCAGCAUCAUUCUCUUGAAAGUGUCAACGUCACUUACCCUUACUGGGCUGUCCCUGGACAACAUGUCAAACAUCCGUCCCAGUUUCCUCCUGAUCAAAUUGCUGUUAUUGGCUCCGGGGUUAGCCAGCGGCUACUGUUCGAAACCUCCGGAGGGUGACGGGACCCCGGCAGCUAACACAGUGAAAGCCCUCUACUUGCUCACCAACGAUGAAGCCAACGCGGUCGUGGCACUGCCGAUUGACGCCAACGGCAAGCUCUCUCCUGGCACCGUGACCCCGACCGGGGGGUGCGGCUCCGUGGCGCUAAACAGCGAUAAGCAGCCGGCCACUCCUGAUGCCUUGGUGAGCCAGUCAGCACUCACCGUUGCCGGAAGCGUGAGUCCGACUCGACACAGCCAUGCUUCGGUGCCCCAUGCCCUAAUAAUUGACCCUUUCCACCUCCAGAGCAUCUUCGCCGUGAACGCCGGCUCCAAUUCCCUCAGCAUACUCGCCAUCUCCCCUUCUGACCCAACCCGCCUGACCCCGGUAGGCGCUCCGGUAUUGAUCCCUGGCGACUUCCCCAACACCGUCGUCGCCUCGGUCAAGCACGGCGUCGUGUGCGUUGGCACUUCAGGAACCCGCGCAGGCAUCUCGUGCGGCCGCUUCUCUCCCGGGCGCGGGCUGCUGGGACACAUGGACGCCCUGCGCCCAUUCGACCUCAACCAAACAACCCCGCCCGUUGGUCCAACCAACACCGUUUCACAGACCUUCUUUUCCGCCGACGAAUCUAUGUUGUUUGCCACCGUCAAGGGCGACCCAGCGACCAACAAAACAGGCUUCUUCUCCGCCUUCCCCGUCGAAUCGACCGUCGCAGGCCGGUGGCAGCGGAACCAAAACCAUAACCGAACGCAGUCGGCCGUCUCCCGCGUCGAGACACGAAGCAUGCCCGCGGGGACAGCAGUGCUGUUCGGGUCGCAGGCCAUUCCUGGCACGUCCAGCGUUUUCGUCACAGACGCCUCGUUCGGCGCGGCCAUCCUGUCGGUAGACAGCCGCGGCGCGGCGCAUACGGUGGCGACGGGCAAGGUGGACGGGCAGGCGGCCACGUGCUGGGUGACCAUCUCCCCCGCGACGGGCACAGCGUUUGUGACCGACGUCGCCGUGAACCGGCUUGUCGAGAUGAGUCUCGGCGACGCCAGCGUGCUGUCGCAACUGGACCUUUCGGCCAACGGCGAUCCGGGGCUAAUUGACCUGCGCGCAGCAGGGAACUUCAUCUAUGCCCUCUCGCCCGGGAAUGGUACGACUGAGGCAGCUGUUACCGUGGUUGAUGUCUCCAGGGGUCCCCGGUCGGCGACGAUGGUCCAGCACUUUGGACUGGGUGGCGUGGCGGGUCGGAAUGCGAUGGGCAUGGCUGUUCUUGUCUGACGGCGUCGUCUGGGACCAAAAAACCAGCAUGCGCACCUGU